AUGGCGCCAAAAGAGUUUUCAAGCUGAUGGUAAAAAGCGGAAUAUUCUUGGACUCUCUCCGCGGUGACCGGUUCUUUUUUCUCCCUCGUCUUCCUCGGGGAGGGAGGAGACAGGAGAGGCUCGGGAGCCGGCUGUGCGUGGAGCGCCGGUGCGGAGCGGAGUGCACGUCCAGCGGGCACAGCGAGUGAGGAGGAGCGGGAGCGGGGCUCGGGGCCGGAGAGGAGGAGGAGAGACAGCGCUGGUUUAUUUUAGAAGGAGGGGACGCUGAGAAAACUGCGCUCCUCUUUCCUGACUCAUCGCUUGGAAAUAUAACAUCCCCUUCUUUUUUGGAUUCUUAUUUGCCUCUUCCUCCUCCUCCUCCUCGCCUCUCCUCUUCGUCCCCUCCUCCUCUUUCUCCUCCUCCUCCAGUACCUCUGGCACUGAGGAGGAAAACACAGGCGGAUUUUGACACCACGUUUGGGGCUGCUUUUUUUUUUGUGUGCAAAAUGCGACAUGCUGCCCUGUGAGCUCCGUGUUGUGCGCACAUCGCCGUGAACAGCGGCGGCACCGGCUCCGGGCUUGUUGUGGACUCGCAGGAAAAGGCUGCAAGUUAGUCCGGCUGACACUUGAGUUUUUUAGGGGGGGUGGAGGAUUUUAUUUCGGAUUUCCGCGCUGGGCUGACGCGCUGUCAACACGCACCGUGCAGGGAGCGAGGGGGAAGGCGACGGGAGGGGGACGGUCCUGUCACCCCCACCGGCGUGGAUCUAGAGUGCGGGGCUGAAAAGCCGCUAGCAGCCUGCCAGGGGGCACCGAGUGGGCAAAGUGAACUAGUGCUACAACACCCCCCCCCCCCCCCCUCCGCCGUGCCACUACAUGUGCCUGGCUCCGGCUCCCGAUGAGCUCCUAAUCCGUGGGUAUCGGCCGAGGACUGAGGACCGUCUCUGCACCCGGAGCUGACUGCGAUCAAGAUGGAGAGCGAGAAGAAGAGGAGGAAAUACUCGACGAGCAGCAAUGACUCUGACACCACAGACAGUCAGGUGACCUCGUGGUCCAGGUCAUCCAAGAAUAUGGGCACCAGCAGCACAUGGGUUCGCCACCAGCACAAGAAACCAUCAGAGGUGUUUCGCACAGACUUCAUCACGGCCAUGAAGCUGCCGGACUCGGCCCAGCUCGGCCUGGAUGACUUCUACGUGCUCUCAGACCCCUGGAGACAAGAGUGGGAGAAGGGAGUACAGGUCCCUGCCAACCUGGAGGCUAUACCAGAGCCUGUGGUCAGGUCGCCACGGGAGUCGACGAGUGGCGACGGACAGGACGGGGACGGAGACACUCCCACUCCAGCUCAGCACUACAGCUGCUACGACCUGGACGAUCUGGACGUCGCCUGGCUGGAGCUUGUCAACCAAGAGUUCAGACAGAUGGCCUUACCCAAGCUGGACGAGCUGACGAUGGAGUGUGUGCUGGUGGAACUGGAGAGCGCGUGCGCGGAGAAAAUGCAGCAGGCCAUCGAGACGGAGGAAGGCCUGGGCAUCGAGUACGACGAGGACGUGGUGUGCGACGUCUGCCGCUCGCCGGAGGGAGAGGACGGCAACGAGAUGGUCUUCUGCGACAAGUGCAACGUCUGCGUGCAUCAGGCAUGUUAUGGCAUCCUUAAGGUACCCCAGGGGAACUGGCUGUGUCGGACCUGCGCUCUGGGUGUCCAGCCCAAAUGUCUGCUCUGCCCCAAGAGAGGGGGGGCCCUCAAGCCCACCCGCAGUGGAACCAAGUGGGUCCACGUCAGCUGUGCCUUAUGGAUCCCUGAGGUGAGUAUAGGCUGUCCAGAGAAGAUGGAGCCCAUUACCAAGGUGUCCCACAUCCCUGCUAGCCGCUGGGCCCUGUCCUGCAGCCUGUGCCGAGAACACACAGGAACCUGCAUACAGUGCUCCAUGCCCUCCUGCAUUGUGGCCUUCCAUGUGACGUGCGCCUUUGACCAUGGCCUGGAGAUGAGGACCAUCCUGGCCGAGAACGACGAGGUACGCUUCAAGUCCUUCUGCCUGGAGCACAGCUGCACUGCCAGCAACAGCGGUGCACCAACAAGCAUCUGCUCCACUUCAACCAGCGUGAACAACGGCAACCACAACACCACCAUUUCCUCCACCAACGGAACCCACGGCACAGCCAGAACAGACUGGGUCACCGCCGGCGGCGGCACUGAGCUCCGACCGGAGCCGCCUCACCAACCAAACGUAUGCAGUGACCUGGAGCAGAGGUCUGUGUUGUUCCCGGUUUCGGUUUCUGUGUCGGCGGCGGAGCGAGCGGAGCGCGAACAGCUGGAGAGAGAGAAAGUGAGCCAGAGGAAACAGAAGCUGCAGGAGCUGGAGGAUGAGUUCUACCGACUGGUGGACCCAAGGGAGGUGGCUGAGAACUUGGGAAUGCCCAUCGCCCAGGUGGACUUCCUGUAUCAGUUCUGGAAGUUGAAGAGGAAGGCCAACUGUAAUCGACCUCUGGUGACCUUAAAGAGGGACGAGGUGGACAACCUGGCCCAGCAGGAGCAGGACGUCCUGUACAGACGCCUCAAACUCUUCACCCACCUCCGACAAGACCUGGAGAGGGUGCGUAACCUGUGUUACAUGGUGACACGUAGGGAGAAAAUGAAACACACCCUGUGCGACCUCCAGGAGAAAAUCUUCCACCUGCAGAUACAGCUACUGGAAGAGGACAUGGCUGGAGAGAAAGCCCAGAAGGGAGAAAAGAGGAAGCAGAAUGGAGUGAAGGAGAAAGGGAAGGAGAGGAGGAAGAGUAGUCCUGAGACGAAAAAGGAGAGAUGGAAGUCAGAAAACGGCUCACUGCUAAAAGAGCUAGGUUUGUCAAAGUCCUUCCCCCUGGACAAUUCUUUGUUCGACAGCUGGCUCGCCCAGUCGGUUAAGAUCACCGCUGAUGACAUGCUGAGCCAGUGGGCACUGGGUGCCCAGCACGGGGACAAAAGUGGCAGCCUGCUCUCCGACCAGCUCCUGCAAGGCGAGGAGAGCCUGUUAAACCUUAUGAUGGAGAACUCCAUGCAGUCCACCUGGAAAACACCCCAGCUGGGCCGCAGACGGGGAAGCAACAAACCCCGUGGUCAUGGACAAACCGCCCCCGCCCCCCCCGAGCAGCCGCAGUCGCUCCUCUCGACGGCGGCCAUCUCCACCGCCAGCAGCCCCUCCACUGCAAAGAGCCUCCGGGCAAGCAUGGCGGAGGAAAAUCCCAGCCUUGUGAUCCGGAGAGGGGAGAGGUCCAGGGCUUCCUCCAAGGGCUUGCACCAUCACCACCUUCAUCACCACCACCACACCAGGAGCUCUGACCUGCAGGCGGACCCAACACCACAGCCACCCAUCUCCAAAAUGGAUUCCUGUCACAUUUCGGAGGAGCCCGGCCCCUGGAACAGCUUCACCGAGGGGAACGAUGUUGCAUCAGGAGCUGUAGCUGUUUUCCCCUCGGGUUCAUCUCCACUUCCAGCCUCCAGCCCCGGGCUCACGGUUCCUGACACCGGGGCUGUCCUUUGCAGCAGGGCUCCACGGCUCCGUCUGGCCCGCCAUGGGAAAUCAAGAGGCAGGGGCAUGAACGGACGUGGAGGCCUAGGGGCACUGGAGUCCAUGGAACUGCCGCUCAGGGAGACGUCCCUGCUGGAUGCCACCGAGACUGACGGGUACUUCUCUGACGGCGAACAGAGCGACCCGGACACGCGCGCUGCUGGAAGCAAACUCCGCUUGCCACAGCUGCAUUCUGGGAACGAGGACCUGUUGAGAAGGAGUGUGCUGGCAUCUUAAAAAACCAAGACUUAAAUCAACACACUCUCAAAUAACACACAGUUACCCAAGCAGAGUCCCGCUGGCUAUUUGUUACUCCAUCUGUGCCCAGUGAUGGCUUCGUUCAUCCAAAUCCCGGUCACAUCUAGCAAUCAGAAAAUCUAUUCAGCUCACCUGCUAUGUUUUUUGUGGGGGGAAGGGAAAUUUGAAUGUAGCUGUUUGCCUGUCGUACAUUAGAGCUUCUCCGCUGGACUGCAGUUCGUUGUUCUAUAACGCGACAUAUUCAACAAAUAGGAAACAAACGUUACAUUUAUUCAUUUGGUUUCUGGGUGUUAAAGUACCCUGUUCUGGCCUCAUGUCUGUGGUAUCUGUCAGAACAAACACUUUGGGGCAUUAUUGAUAAUUAUUGUGAAUAUUAUUCAAGCUGGUUUCAGGGUCUCCAUCUUGUUUGGUCUUUUGUGACCUGAGAAGCAUCCAACAAGUCCUUGUUUUCUUGAAUAUAUUCAGUGGAAAGACAAUUUCACACCAGACUUGUUCUAAACGUGUGUGUGUGUGUGGCGGUGACACCAGACAACACGUAUCCAACCUUGAAAAGCACAACUAGCUUGUCAUCAGAGCUGUAUUUGAAGCACUCGUGUGGGUAAUGGAUGCUCCUUCAGGGUUGGGGUCCAUUCUCAUCACGUCAACUCAGUUUCAAAAAGUACUCUUAGAAGACUCAAAAUUGUCUGAUUGUCCAGGAUUUGAAUAUUAAACAGAUAAGGACCUCAACCCUGGGUCUCAUUCAGAUCGCCACACGGAGACGCAAACCCACAGACGCACACACACUGACACACAAACUACUUAAAGCCAAUCCCUUUGCUCACAUCACAGAAAAUAUUGGCUCUGACUUCUGUCGGCUGCUUUCAAAUUCUUCCUGGUUCUGAGGUCUUUUUUUAAUUUUUUUUCAGCCUGAAAAAACUCUCUGUAGAAACUCUGUGCCUUCUGUCAAUCGCCCUGUGCCCCCCCGCCGACCCUUCCCCCCCAAAACCCCCACUUUCUCAAUCAAUCAAUCAAACAAUCAAUAGGUAGAUCAAUUUUUCAAUUGGAUUUGUAACAAUCAAAACCAAAAGGUAACCCAGUCGGAUUGGUUACCGAGCGUGGCCAGCUCCUUGUCACCUUAACAAUUGCCUAGUGCCUGAAACAAGGAUGUGAAUGCAGCGUUUGCCAUUAAUCAACAGAGCGUCUGUGACAGUUUUCGAAGCAGAGCCAAAACUGUGCUGUCUGUGCAAAGAGCUGCCUACUGUUCUAUGCCCCCACAACUAGAUCAGUGCAGUUCAGAGCCGUCGAUGAGCAGAGUUCGGCCCGGUCGCAGAAUCCCAAUGCAAUUCAUAAACUGAUUAGUGACUCACUGUGCUGCUUAACAUGAGCAUCCUCUGUGCAGUUUAAAAUAAUGAUAAUAAUUAUUAUAACUUUAUUUGUAUAGCACUUAUCUAAACAAGGUCAUAAAGUGCUUACUUAUCCAUCAUCAUUUAAUGAUUCUUUAAAUUGUGUUUUUUUAUCCCGGGUAGACCCACUUAAAAAAUAAAUAAAAUCUUCUCCAAUUGUCAGUAGAGGAGUUUGUACCCCCCCCCCCCCCCCCCCUCAUGUUCGAUGUCACUCACCCUAACUCAGGAGUGAAUUCUGAUUGUAUCAAUACCCAUUGCAGACAAGUGACAGAUGUAAGUGUCUGUUAGUGGCUUUUUUGACCAGUGGAAAAAGAGGCCUUUCUGCAGCUUCCAGGCGUCAAGAGAAACAAGUUAGUCAUUCUUCAGCUCCUCCAUGUGAUUCUAUAUGAUUAAGCAUUUACGAUAUAUAUUUAUUCAUGUCUUACGAUGCCCGACACUGCCGUGACCACGCUCUUCUCACCGAUAGCUCUGCUGCACCUUCUCCUGUUCGCCCAACGAUGACAAUGUUAUUAUCAGCUUCAGAAGCUCUUAUGUUCAGAAAUUGAGUUGUUUGUAAAUUUGUUUAAAUUAGUUUUUUUUUUAAUCUUUUUUUGUCGUUCUCUCAGAGAGUUGUAUUUUGUACUUAAGCAGUCCAUGGUAUUUCUCAGGGGUUAAAAAAACUUUUAAAAAGAAGAAUAAAGGGUUUAAAAAUUUAUCAAAAAUUGGACGCAAGGCGAAGAUACAUAUAUAUACAUAUUUUAUAUCAUAUACAAUAUAUAUAUAUAUAUAGUGAUGUGUGUAUGUCUAGAACUUUCCCUAUUUCACUGUUUGAACUCCUACAUGACUACUACUGAGCAUGCUCCCUCUCUCAGUGUGACCACAUGACCAUCAGCCCUGGGUUUAAUAGUCUCGACCGAUAAUCUCAUUUAAACUUCAUUACCAGAUGAGCCAGACAUGUCUGAUAAUAUUGGCUCGGUGGUCAACUUCAAAAUCGGACCUUGUAAUUACUUCUCUCGCCUCUUUGCAGCGAAGACCCGAAACCCAUCCGCGGUCAAAUGAGAAAUCUUGUGUGAAAUUUAAGGGCUGCUUUACCCAGGUCUGAUGAACCAACGUUUAAAUAGAGGUGCAGGUCCAAUGUACUUCCUCUGUUGUUUUCUGUUUGGACACCUUCUCACCUGUCCUCUGAAGUGACAUCGCCAAAGAACAGAUCUGUGCAUCAGAGCAGCACAUGUUGCUCCGACUCUGGUUUUCAAGAUGAAGAAUGUUAGAUAAGGAUGUCAGACGACUCUGCCAGCGCUCUCUGGGUCGGCUCGGGUCUGAAUUCGGUUUUCCUCGCCCUUUUCCGCCCCGGCCCGUUGACGGUUGGGUUUGAAACCCUGAAGGUGUUGUGGUGUGAACCCCUUUACUGGCACUGUUGAUUCUGCUCCACCACCAAUACACCUGACCUGGAUUCUCCCAUGAUCUGCAUUCACCAGGGGCUUCGCGCAGGAAAGGCACCGUCACCACAGCACCGGGCCGGCGAUGGUUACAAAAACACUCGCAUGUUAAACCCCCUUCAGAAAAAGGCCAAAUGCUGCUGAACUGAACACACAACAUACAGCUUACACACACACACACACACACCAGAGCUGGUAUAACAGGGUUAUAAUGUACAAGAUGAAUAGUUUUUUAUGUAUAUGUGGUCCUGACUGCAUCAGGAAGUAUGAGCUUACUCAGAGUGCAACGCCCCCUAUCAGCAGGAGAGUAUUAGUACAGGUGACAGCGCCGUGUCCCUGUCUCCUUCGUCCUUCAGGUGUAGCCAUCGCAGAAGAUUCACACGUCAGUCUGCCACAAUUUUCUCUUUUUCAACACAGAUGCAGACACAAAUCUGUAAAAAUCCUCCUCUGAGUCGCAGGGUUGGAAAUUAGGUUUUGUCUCAAGCGAGCAGAUUUUUCUAACGACAUGAACUCGGGAACAGGCUGACGAUUCUGAAUUUCUGCGUUGGCUACCUCUAUUACAAUCGACAUGGAAAGUGACCAUAACAACUACCGCAACUACACAAUCGUGUCUGAGAACGAGGACGUGGUUUUGUGUCAUUCCGGCGCCACGUGAUCCUCCGCCAGGUGGUUAGUACCGUUCUUGUGUUAAUAGGACAGACAAAUGUAAUACUGGUCUCAAUAUUCAAUGUUCAGAAGUAGCCUGACUUUGUAGACAAGGCCUCACAUGUAUGGCCUAGCGCGUAGUAGCCAAUGCCAAGGCUGCACAGUGCUGGCAAAAAAGAAAAAAACAAAAAAAGACUUUCCUCUGCAGUAAUUUGCGUGGGUUGUUAGCUGAGUUAGACUUGCUGCUUCUCCAGACUCUCUCUCGUUUGAAAGUCAGAGGGCAGCAUCGUUGUACCUAAAAUUACCGUUUUGAUAAUUGCAACUCAGAUUCUUCUUUUUCUAGAUAUUGUGCAGCCUUAGCAAACACAAACUGGUUAUUAUUCUGUAUUUACAGUGUGGCUUCAAUGCCCUCUCCUUCCGCUUCGUAGUUACUGUAGACUGGAGUCUUUUUGCCGGUUCUUUUUUUAAUCAAUAUCCAAUAGAGCAACUUCAAAGCAUCGCUGUCAUCUGUGUGGUACACUGGUGUGGGUGUUGGCUCACGGCCCGAAAUGUGCUGUGGUGAUCUCUGAAUUUUGCAACUCUGUCAGGUCCAAUAACCACGGAAUACUUGAUCUAAAUAAGAUUUUAUUUUCUCUCUUUUUUACAUUUAAUCCGUAAAAUCAGUCACUUUCAGUAUCAAAAGAAAAUCUGUCAUAUUGUAGUUUAUAUUUAGCCUUGUGCACCAUCUCCCUGUUUGGAUUUCAUGGUAAAAGUUGGCCAGUUUUAAAGAUUUCAGUCCUGGUAAAUGUGGCCACAGCUAUCGUUGCAAAUUUUGAAUAUUUCUAAGGAACAAAUGUUAUGAGCUACUGGAUAAGAUAUUAAAAUGAAAAUCCUGGAGACUGCCACUUUGAGAUAUCGUUGGUAAUGGAUCAAUACACGACUUUAAAGUGAUCCAAAUAGUGAGCUGGUGCAUGGGUCAGAAACAUAAAACUCUCCCCCAGGUGUUGGCAUGAAAGUGACUUCACAGAAAUAAGCUGGUGGGCACCCUGCAUGUAAUGGCAGGUCAGAAACACACACCUACAGACGGCCAUGAAUUUCUCGUCUCCAGCUGAAAAGCUGGGCAAGGGCCGGCGCUGAUUGCUGCAGGUAAUUGGAACAUCGCCCGCAAUUCACACAGCAGCCACCGACCGCACUGACAUAGCUGUAAAAUGUCUUGGAGAGACAUCACUGCACUGGCAGGGCCGGGUUCCUCACAACUUCCUCACCUGUGCAAACAUCAUGUCCAAAGAUUUUUAUAAGCAGAGAGGUAGUUCAUCCUCCAAUAACACGAGGACCUUGGAAAUGUUGUACGAGACAAUUUGUGCUCAGUUUGAGCUACGAAAUUAAAACAGAUCAUUCGAUUCUGGUGGAUGAAAGAGUAAGAUUUUCUCCAUUUGAAGAAAUAGAGUGAUGUUUGCUCAGCAGUGGUUUUGGGGAAUCAGAAGGGCAUCAGAAUGCUGUUAAUAGAAUAUCUCUCUUCCUCUGUUGCCCUUUCUGCCAAUAGGAGUGGUUUGAGGCUGUCGUCAGGUCAGUGACGCCAGGAUUGGUCAAUGGCUCAAAAUGGACAUUCACGCCCUAAUAAUUUGGGAGCACAAAAAACAAAGUCAUAUAAUCUGAAAAAGAUUGAUGAAGUUCGAAUGACGUCAUGUGAUCGAGACUUGCUCGUGCUUCCUGUUUGACAUCAGCGACAGUCCUCGCUUUAUUGUCCCACGCCAGCCGUGCAAACCCACCCACUUACCUACCGCUGGAGUUUAUAUACAUCUACAAUAAUGUACAAUACUGUUCAACUACUACUACUACUACUACUACUACUACUACUAGACAUUUUAAUUUUCCGUCUUUUGAAAAAGCCUUUGCAAGCUGUUACAUUUAUUUUUCCUUUGUAAUGCUAUAGCUGGCCACCGUGGCUUGUAUCAAAGUAGAAAGCUGACCCAUUACCUGCUUCCUCGGUUUUGUUUGUUUCUGGUUUUUAGUAUUUUUUUUACUGGCACUGUGCUUUCCUCUCUGUUACAGCAAAGUUAUGGCUUCAAGGUCUCAACAUCCACACACUGCACAGAUUGUAGGUUAAGUCGUAUGAACACAGGCGGAGCUGCUGUGGAGGCAGAAACCAGCUCAGUUGUGGGGUUUAAUGUAAACUGGUGGAGUCAAACAACCACAGUGAUUGGAAUAAGAGGCCGUGUUGAGUGGCUACAUCAGGACAGUCAGCUUGAACCUGAAAGGUCAGUUUGACCAAGUUGAUAAAGUGAAAGUAUUAAAGCCAUAUAUGACUUUUUUUUAAUGUAAUGUAAUGUAAAAAGCAGAUUUCAAGAUUUAAAAUUAUUAGUUGAUUAGUCGUUUGUAUUGUAUUCUUCAGCUAAAAACAAAUGUAUUACUGCUGCAAAGAUAAAUCAGUUAAUCAGAACAUUAAUUUAAACCAUUUUGCUAAAUCAAUAAUCAUUUUUGUUUCAUUCGUCAUUUUUUACACAAACCUUUUCACAAAAUAUUCUCUGUUUCCUGUUCCGUGGAUUGGACCAUUUAAUGUUGCUCUUCGUGAAACAGUAUAAGAGCUCUAUGUUUGCUGGCACUCACUCCACUGUUGGACUCUUUUUCGAUUUGUUCCAUGGUUGUGAAAGAAUAGAUAAUUAUUCCACUGGCCAAAAACAUGAAGGUUAGGUUUACUGGAAACUCAAAGUUUCCCACAGUCGGCAUUUGACCUGUAGAAGUUAAGCUGUAUAGCUAAGGAAUGGAUAGAUGGACAGUUUUACUAUUUCUACGUCUACGCCUUUAUUGUACAGUGAAUGUAAAGAGAGGACAGGAAAUAAAAGAGAAGAGACAGACUGGUAAUGCCAUUCAACAAAGGUCAAGGGCAGGCUAUGAAAGAAGACUCUUGUGGUUCAUGUUCAUGCAUGAGACUAAAUCGUAGAUCAAGUGUACGUCCUAAACUACCAGUUUUACCGUCUGCCAAUUUCUUAGGAACACAUAAAUCAUAGGAAGCCUGCGACGACUCGGCCAGGGUUGCAAAUGAUUUAUCCUUCUGUCCGUGAAAAAUGUUUAAGAGCCGUCUUCGUCUAAUCCGACCGAGAGUUGAAAAUGCAGACAUUGUCACUGUGGGAUGCAGGAACCAGAGAAUAUCUACAAAACUUUAAGUUAUCUCAAAUCCUCACUCGCGCUAGGAAUGAAUCAACCUGAUAAUUAUCGACUUCCUGAGAAGUUAGACUUCUCUCAGCUUCAGAGAGAACACCACAGAGAGCAGCAGAGUUUGUGUUCAAAGUUGAGGGGAAACCUGAAGAAUCACAUUCAAAUAAGUUCCUACAAUUUUUGUUUUUCUUCCCUCGGCCAUUUCAGUCGGCUUCGAUCCAACAUCACUAAACUAGAUUCCCUGUGUUUCUGGCUCCACCUUGUAAAGUUCCCCACAAUGAGUCGACUUCUGCUUCCAGAGCAGAUCCAAGACAUGUUUUUAGGACUAAAGUUUCCGUCUUCACAUACUGCGAACUGUACUUUGCCUCCACCGUCUCCCUCCUCGCUCCUGCUCCUCCACCUCCUCCUAUACCAGCAGCUCCGUCCCCUCCACCCCCUCCUAUGGUGUCUCCUCUGUCCACAACUCCUCUCUCGUCUUGCCCGGCACGUGGCUCCUUUUGAAUCGCAUAUGAAGCAUAGGACCAUUCCCACAAAUUCAAAAAACCGUAGAAGGAGAAAAAGAAUGUCUGUAGCUUUAAGGACAGAUAAUGACAGGCACGUGUUGUGGAGGUACGUGUGAGGAGGGGAAAACAUUGCUUUGCUCGGGCCUGGAGAGAGAGAGCGAGAGAGCGAGGGAAGAGAGAGAGAAGAGAUGGAUUAAAAAAAGACUGAGGAGGGAGACGUCUAUUGAACCGGAGCCAGGGAGGCAGACAGGGAAAUAGUACAACUUGUUCUUUCCCUCUCGUUGUGUUUGCGGCCUGUCCGCGCAGUUAACAAGCAGCUAAUAUCAACAGCAUGGCCCUUCCCUUCUCCCUGUCCUCCAUCCCUCCAUCCCUUCAUCUCCACCUCCUGCUCGGUUUUCUCUCUCUGUUCUCCAUCUCUUCUUUCAGCUGGGUCUCAAUCCCAGUAUUUCCUACACAAUCCAUAAUAACAAUGGAAGCAGCAAAGCAAAGCAGUCGGGUGAAAUGUGCACAAAUGGCACAAACAGCCUGCAAGACAAUUCAGUUUUGUUCCAGAAUAUUUCCUCACUUCCCAUAUAAAUCACCUUCGGAUUAAUUCAACCAACAAUUAAUUCAUCUUUCUAUCUGUGUAUCCAAAGCCGGAUGUGACCUUUUCCUCUGUGCUGCAUGGAUCUUCAUCAUUGUCCAAGUACUAAUCAAAAGAAAACGCACAAUCAUUGUAACUUCUGUUUCUCCGGAUCAAGUUUUUGCUACAUGCACAAACAUGUAUUUUGUGUCGUGGAGCAGCAGACAUGAUCACGAUCUCUGGGUAGAAUCACUGCCUUGAGUCAAGUUUCGGUCUCACAGCAAUUUGUUCUGGGGGAACAAGACUAUAAAAUUGAUAAUAAUCACAAUUCUAUUGUUUGGUUUAAGUUCUCUGUCCUACUUGGUGCGACAAGUAGGUUUUGUACUUCCACUGGAUUUGUUAAACUUACAGUAAGACAAAAAAAAGAGCAACUCCAGCUUUAUUGGAAUGUUUUUCAAAAUUGGCCACAACUCUCAUUUUUUAUUUGGUCAUUUGAUAUGUAACUUGGAUGGAAGCCUGGCUCCAGGCGCUUCUACGCUUCCUCCCUGACAAUCUGAGAAAUGUAUUCAACCUCCGUUAACAUCUGGUUUUAUCAUAAGACUCCUGGGAGGCUCCGACCCGGCUCACACGUAUAUCACCACAGAUAAAUUGAAGUGUAAAAUCCUCGUUGAAGAUCCAUUCAGCCGAAGCUACCGUCUCCCACAUAUACGUCAGAACAGCAUUUGGUCACAUUAAAUUUAAGUUCAGCACAACAAAUGGCUGAGGGCUGGGAAUGUGUUUUAUGAAGGAAACAGUGAUUUCACCACCAGCACCGGAGACACUUGACUCCCUGGUGUAAAUGUAAACUGGAUAAAUUAUGUCUAGACACAAUCUGGAUUUAAGAUCCAGGUUUAGACGAUUUGUUAAGAGGCCCUCUGCACUGUAUUUCUGUCUCUGCUCUGUCUCCCACUCGUAACUUCCCCGCUCACUCUCUGUUUUAUUUUCUUCUCCUGAUUUGCGACUUUCUUUUUCCUCACUGGUCUUUUCUGCUGCGGUAACCAGAUUUAUUUUUCUCUCUCACACACGAAAAGCUUCUUCCUCAGAGGCAAAUGUGUAGUUAUAUGCCUGCAAUAUUCAACCUUUGAUUCAUACAUGGGAGCAAUAGUUAUAUUUGUUUCCUAAAUUGAGGAAUAAGCAGCCGUGGUUUGUGCUUUUAUUCUGAAAAAUACAGUGUGUGUCUUUGGUUGCGGGAGCCUCAGGAAUGAGUGAGCGUACACGAGCAUGAAUCCUGGAUUAUGUGUUCUUGGCUAGAGAGACUCUCCGGGUUAAAGGUAGUUUAAAGUCUUCACCGGGUCAGCUGCUCCUCCAGUGAGGUUUCAGACCUCUGGCUUAAGUCUCCACUUCUUCUCCUUCACUCCUCAUCUUCCUCCUCUCACUCAUCCAGAGAGAACUUUCUAUUCAAACCCAGGGGGCCACGGCUACAGGCACGUGCUCAUUAAAAAAAAUAAUUUUAUAAUGCAGCUAAUGAUCGAAUCUGAAUAUAAAUUCUAAAGUUGUUGUCUGGACUUGGCCUGAUCCACACUUCAGUGUGCUCUGUUGGCAGCUCAUGUGUUAACAGUCACUACAUUUUAUCGUUUCAGGUGAUUAAACAGACACCUGUUAAAACUUGAAUUAGUAAUACAAAGUGAAAAUUUCCCCCGCUUGCUGUCUUAGGACACUUUAAGUCACGCUAAGACUGCAAAAACAUUUUUAAACACUGUUUAUGUGAGAGUUUGUUUCGAGUUUUGUUUAAACACACUCAAAGUCACAGUUCGGUUCUCAUUUAUUGUUCUGGUUCAGUCUGACUUAAAGGAAACAAAGAUAUGGUCACAGGACAAACGGCUGCGACUUCUAUCAGUCACAUUUUUAUAAUUGCAAAGUUCUCGACAUAAACACGUAACGAUAACCUGUGUGUGAGUGGGUGGAUACGUUCAAUCACACGAUCGAUUACAGAGAGAGUCGUCUUCACUUUUACUGUUGCACGGCUCCCGAUCAGGCUGACAUCAUUGUCUUCAUCUUAAGGCUGUUUUUUAAAAAGCUUCAUUUCAUGUGGACACAGAGCCAAACCAGAUUCAGCCGGCUCACUGUGGAUGUGCUCAGAGAGCGUUUACCUCUCUCCUCCUUGUUUUUCUCUCCUCUUUAUCAUUACCCGUCUCUUUCUCUCGCUUGCUCGAGUUCUCUGUCUCACUCUCAGCUCCUCCAUUCUUUAUCUUUGCCUCACCCUCUCCCUAUCACCCCCCUCCAGUGCAGAGCAGGCAGUUUCUGACUCUCAUUAAUAACAAAAAGAAUAAUCCUUGCUCUCCUCUCCUCACCUGCGAAUCUAAAAGUUUUCCUCCCUCGGGUUUAAAAUCCCAUUACGGAACAUGUAUUUCUGGUUUGCAAAUCUUCAUCAUCACAACUUUUUACACCUUCUCCUAUAAGUUUAAUUGAUAACACAGCUCCUCUCCCACCGCUCUGCUCUCUCGUCAUGAUUAAAUAUUAUCGGUUAUCAUUCCGCAUCUUCUCGGUCGUUUUCAGGCACUGUUUGAAUACCAAUCAGCAUCAUCCAAUCAGAGCAGAGCUGGACACGCGGCUCCUUCCCCUCGUCCUCCGGUCGUACUCGCCCUGAUAAACCGGCGUUUCACCCUCCGCUGCUGUGUCCGGUUUCUCCUCCACUCUGCAUCGGUUCUCAAUACAAUAAUAUGAAUGUUGCAGGAGUUAAUGCUUCUGUGUUCUUUGUUUCAAAGAAUGUUGUGCCAUUUGUUAAUAGCAAAGAGAACUAUUGAACAUAUAUGAAAAAGAAGAGCUAUUUUAAAUUAUUUUUUGGCUUUUUUUGCUAUAUUUAUUUUCUUGUAUUAGAAUCUUCUUUGUAGGAGGGAAAAAUCUAAAAAUGUAUUUUUCAUUAGUGCGAAAAACCUAUUUUCUUCCUUUUUGUACAAUUUCGAUGUUUUAAGCGAGACUUUGAAAAGCAAUAUGAUGAUGAUGAUGAUGACAAUGUUUCCUGUGACUGUAUCUGCAUGCUGUUUCUGUUGCCUUAAUGAUGGCUGCAUCCCACUAUGACCCCACCCACCCCACCUCAAACCGGACCCCCCCCCCCCCCCCCCACCCUCCUCACCCAUACAUCCAACCUUGACCCUGCCACCUCAACCCCUACCCUCAUCUAAUGGAGUCCUAGUCCCAUCUGAUCCAGUCCAGACCAAUCCAGUCCUGUGCAGUCAAUAAAGCAGUGCUUUCUGUGUA